GGUACUUACGGUGUCUGAUUGUUUGCGCUUCCAACGGACACGUAAACAAAAUACAAAUAUGUAUGUGAAUAUGGUUUCUCGUUGUCUGAAAUCCGACACCAAAACCAUCAUCCGUUCGACUAAACCCAACAUAAUGUUUUAUCACGCUUUUAAAUGUCGCGAGCUUUGUUUGGAGAGCUCAAAGCAUGGGACUUCAGGUUUGAGUUGGAGAUGCUGCAACCUGCAAGGUGCAAGCAAUCUCUAGUCGCUGCUUUCUUUCGGUUUGCAUCUCGUUUUCAGCUCGUUUACUGGCAAUUUGAGACUAUAUAUCUCAAGUCGCUAGGUAUUGACUAUUCAUUCCUUCACGCACAUAUUGUGGGGAGCAUUUUUCCUUUCCUUUCCUUUUUUUUCUUUUUUGGGGUCAAUGGACUUUGGUUGCUUUAUUCAAUCACGAAAUUCUCUCCAAAAAACCAGAUGCAAAACUUAAAGAAUCUAUCUGAGCUAACUCUGCUGGUUUUGCCGUGGUUUUUCGAAUCUUACCGGCGACAACUAUUUUGUCUUGCUGGACAACUACUCUUUUUCUUAUCUCCUUUUUUAGAAAAUAGGAAGAGGGUGGUGUUUGUUAUUUUUUAGCAUUGGAUAUAAUUAGAAACCGCCACAUGGUUGGGUAAUUUUCGACUUACGAGGUCAGGAAUAUCAUCGAGUUACCUUGCAUUGCAUUCUUGUCAGAGAAAUGCACAUGUAUGCCUCCUAUAGAGUCACUUACGGAGUUCAUCGGGGGAAAAAUCACACACUUUUCUUGCUUACAGUACAAUCAUGUAGUUUGAAGAAUGGUUGAUUGCUAAUCCUAGUUGUUUUGCUAUUUCUUGUGGCAUAUUUAUAAGCCUUGCCUUAUAGACGUAUCCUUCCUCCCAAAUUGCCAUUUGAGAUGUUGGAAAAAAUUGAUGGGGUUCCAGAACGAAGUCCUACUACACUACUCGGCUUUUGGCACACCUGUCCUGUAGAAAAUGAAAAUAUUUGGAGGAUUUCCCCCACACACACACAUCUUUACUCUCAUAAGAUCACUACUCAGGGCCUGCUUUCUCUUGGUGAGCACCUUUAUUUCUUUUAUGAAGCGUAAAUGCCACUGGCUGGGUGGUGAAGAAUAGCUUCUGUGCAUAUUUUCACAAACACACUGUCAGAAGUUUUGAUAAAAUGGGGACAACUACUCGCAGGUGUAAUUGUUGGAGAAAUUCACCUAAUAGAAAACCAAGUGAAAGUAUGCGUCUUAUUGUAACAACUUUUGUUGGGGUUGUAUUUGGCUUCUUUAUUGGAGUAUCAUUUCCAACAUUGUCAAUAACAAAGUUUAAUCUUCCAUCUGGCCUUCUACCCUCCAUUGACCUCUCUUACAUUGAAGACAAAUAUAAGGGUGCCUCUUCUUGGUCAUCUGCGAGGAAUAACAGCCGCAGCCAAUCACAUGAUCAAUCAUUAAAUGGUACAAAGAUUUGGGUUCCAUCAAACCCAAGAGGUGCUGAAAGAUUACCUCCUGGAAUUGUUGAAGCUGAAUCAGACUUGUACUUGCGUAGAUUGUGGGGUAAGCCCAGUGAGGAUUUGACAUCCAAGCCAAAGUAUUUGGUGACUUUCACUGUUGGCUAUGAUCAGAAAAAGAAUAUUGAUGCAGCAGUGAAAAAGUUUUCAGAGAACUUCACGAUCCUUCUGUUUCAUUAUGAUGGGCGAACCACAGAAUGGGAUGAGUUUGAGUGGUCGAAGCAGGCUAUUCAUGUGAGCGUUCGCAAACAGACAAAAUGGUGGUAUGCGAAACGAUUUCUGCAUCCAGAUAUUGUGGCACCAUACGACUACAUAUUUAUAUGGGAUGAAGACUUGGGGGUUGAGCAUUUCAAUGCAGAGAAGUACUUAAACCUGGUACGGAAGCAUGGCUUGGAGAUUUCACAGCCAGGUUUGGAACCUAACAAAGGGCUGACAUGGCAGAUGACAAAGAGGAGAGGUGAUCGUGAAGUUCACAAAGUAACAGAGGAGAAACCAGGAUGGUGCACAGACCCUCAUCUGCCUCCUUGUGCAGCCUUUGUUGAGAUUAUGGCCCCUGUGUUUUCACGAGAUGCAUGGCGCUGUGUGUGGCAUAUGAUUCAGAAUGACCUGGUCCAUGGGUGGGGUCUUGACUUCGCUCUUAGAAAAUGCGUCGAGCCUGCCCAUGAAAAGAUCGGAGUAGUUGAUUCUCAGUGGAUUAUUCACCAAGGCGUUCCCACGCUAGGGAAUCAGGGAGAAACGCAAACUGGGAAAGCACCGUGGCAGGGGGUGAGGGAGAGGUGUAGAAAGGAGUGGACAAUGUUCCAGAGUCGGCUGACUAGCGCGGAAAACGCGUAUUACAAGGCCGUUGGUAUUGAUGUUUCUAAUUCGACCGCGCAUUGAGGGAUGACGACCACAGUGGAUAUUGUACGCAGACACCGCCACCUGUUGUGCUUGGAUUGUUGCGUGACAGUUUUAACAAGCCGUCCUCAUAUUUGUUUUUUUUUUUUUCAAGUCUGUAAUGUUAGUUAUGUCAAAUCAUGAAUCAGAGUCCUGCUGACGACAAAAAGAUAAAUUCAUUGUAGAAUUCCUUGCUGACAGACAGUGAGUGUAUGGAUGAAGAUAAAUAAUAUAAUCAUUAGCGUAAUGUAAUUUCAUUUUUGGAGGCUAGAGAUGCGCCAGCAGCAUAGGGAGUGGAAAGUAAAGUCCAAAGAAUUGCUGAUUAUAAUAUGAUCCCGGGAAAGGGCUGCACUCGGCUCGCUCUAAUUCCAAAUGUCAAACACCCAGCAUCCAUUACAGAGUUUUGCCCUAUAUCCCUGUAUAAUAUUAGUUAUAAAAUUGUUCCAAAGGUCAGGGCUUAUAGGCUGAAGCCAAUUGUGAAUGAGGUGAUUUGACCUUAUCAACGUAGCUUCAUUCAUGGUGGUUAAAGCAGUGAUAAUAUUAUUGUUGUACAGGAAGUUGUCUGCUCAAAUGAAAAGGUUAGGAAAAAAGGGGGCUGGUUUGAUGGCUAUCACAGUAGAUCUUGAAAAGGGUUGAUUGUAAUUUUGUAUCUCAUUUUUUGUGAACUGGGUUUUAAUGAAGAUCUUUGGAAAGUUU